AUUAAAAGACUGUAUGAGUGUUAUUUGACAAAAACUGUUAAAAAAUAUGGAUAAGUCUUUAGAUGUUUUUGAGGAAAUUGAUGGAAUAGAAGAGAAGAAGGGGGUUGAUGAGGGUUUUUCAUAUUUAAAUAAGCUUAUGGGAGUGGGAUUUGUUGAUUUUCUUCAAAAAAGCACAUUUCAGGAGCAAUUAUCUCAGCUUACAUCAUUGUUAUCAGUCCCUCGAAUGAGAUUAUUUGAAAAAGAAGAUAUUGAGGCGGGAGAAGAAUAUUUUUGUAUUUUUAUGGAUAUGUCAGUAUAUAUGUUGUCGUGGAUUGAGUUGGCUAUAUAUAUAUUUAAGUAUUUUGAUAUGGAAGAUGAUAUUGAAUGGGUAAAUCAAGCAAAAGGGUUAUUUAAUGAGCUAGAACAAGAGAUCCGUGAUUCUUCGCCGGUUUUUGAUAAGUUUAUAAAAGAUUCAUUUAGUCCAGCUUUUUUGAAUUUGUCAAAUUUUGAUAUUUUAAGUUUUAAUGCAAAAUGUCAAGAAGUUUAUCAAGGCUGGAUAUUUAUUAAAAAGUUAUUAAGUUUUAUAAAAUCCCGGAUAGAAAUUUCGAAAGAAUGGGUAGAUUGUAUUGAAAUAUUGAAUCAGAUAAAUCAAGAACUUAAAAAGUGUGAAGUGCUUGUUUUCGAGAUUAAAGAACGGUGUAAUUAUAUUCCUUUUGUUUCGGAUCGAUUCGUUGAAAUCAGCACCUUAGAAUCAUUUGUUAAGGAUGUUUUUGAUGGGGAGAAAGUAGGGAUUUUAGAACAAAUAAAUUCAAGUGAUGUAUUGAAUAAAUGGAAUAUGAAUUGUCAGAAUUUUAUUUGUCAAGUUCACGAGAAAGUUAAACCUCUUGAGACAUCCCUUAUUUUCUUUAAACUUCGAAUUGAGUAUUUCAAGGAGAAGGCGACGGAAUUGUUUCCUAGUGCUAUUCAUAAUAUAGAACAAAAAAGACUCAAUUUGGAAAUUAAGUGUAAUAAAUUACAAGAUGAGUUUUUUUAUGUAAAAAAGAGGUUUCAGGAAGACAAAUGGUUGUUUGUUUUUUCACAAGUUAAUAAACAGGCUACCCAAAUUAUGGAUUCUUUAGAAUUGGAAAUAAAAAAAUUUAAUGUUUUAUCUCCUUUAACAAAAAAGGCGAGUGAAUUUUAUAAAACAUAUAAAAUAAAAAAGGACAGUUAUGUUAUUAUACGGAUUAUUACGCUUAUGGAAUGGGGGAUUUGGAACAAAUUAACAAGUGAUAGUCAUGUUAUUGAGGGUUAUAAUGUCUUGUAUGAAAGAUGGAAAAAUUUGAACAAAGAUAUUAUCAAAAUCGAUAAUAUAAUUUUGAAAGAUGAUUCUACUUUUGAAAUUGCUGAAGAUAAUUCUCAGUAUGUUUCUCAUGACUCAGAAUCAGAAGCAUCUCAAUCAACUAAAUCAUGUAUAAUGACUCCAAAAACCCCGAAAAGUCCAAAAUAUCUAGCAAAGCAAUAUUCUUUAAUUCCUGUAUUUAAAACUACUCGUCGAUCUUCAUUAUCUAGUACGUUAAAAACGGGAUCAGAAAAUUGUUAUACGCCUAAAAUUCUGCGUCAUUCUAGUGUACCAUUUAAAGGAUCCAAAAUGUUUUCUUUUGUUGAGGAAACACCUUCUUUACGGCUUUCUAAAAUCAAAUUAUCUCCACCAAUAAUGGAAAAAGCGGAGGCCAACAAUUCACCUGCAUAUCAAUUAAUUCCAAAAUCAAUGCCUAUAAAAAACUCUUAUUCAGGAACUAAAACGAGAGAUCUUGAAUCAAACAUUCCUCGAUCGUGUGAUUCGAUACGACGUAUGGCAUCUACUGGAGGAAUAUCAUAUAAAAUACCUGAUAUGAAAUAUAAAGAAAAUAUUUCGUUUUCUAGUAUACCACGACCAUCUUUUCGAAGAAUGACUUGCUUGCCUAUUUUAGAGAGUAAGGAUCCUAUGAAAACAAUUCCUUCGCAAAAAACAUUUAUGACUCGAACAUCAAUUCCUCUGAUUAGAAAAAGAGAAUGCAUAUUUGGAACUACUUAAAAUUUAUGAAUUUCUUCAUGCUAUUUAUGUAUUUUUUAGCAAUA